AUGUGGCUCCAUUCUUUGUGCGGUUUUGCUUUUUCCGGGCCGCGAGAAUUAUUGUCGUUCGAUAGUUAGUAGUGAUAUAGGAUUUUGUGCUUUGACCGGUGGAAAAGAUCUGCCGAACUGCCGACGAGGAUGUUUCGUCAACGCUGGACUAUUAUCUGGACCUUGCUCGGAGUGCUCCUUCUCAGUGCAGUUAGUGAUGCGAAAUCCAGUUGCAUACAGUGCACAAGCGCAAAUAACACAAGCGACUGCGCCCAGGGAAACAUCACUGCCACUGAUUGCGAACAGGAAGCCGACCAGCCGUGCUUCUGGCGACUCGCAAACAAUUCGAUCGUUCGGGGCUGUGUACAGGAUCUCUCCGGGGAAGAUCAGACCAAGUGCACCAACGCGACCGAUACCACCUGUAUGACCUGCAACCAACCGGGCUGCAACAGCGCCAAGUGGUUGAAGUGUUACACAUGCCUGCAAAGUGAUCCGAACUGUGGUAAAGAACAAACGGACUCAAGUACAACGGCGUUUUGCAAGCAUUAUCAACAGAACGAUCGGUGUUACUCCAAAGUGGUAGAAGAGACAGUCGUUCGAGGUUGUUCAUCGGAUAUUGCCAAUGUGGAAACGGAGUGCACGAACGUCAAAUAUUGCGAGACAUGUCAAGGUGACGUGUGCAACAAACUGUCGAAAGAAACACUACAGGCGUACACCAAGUGUCACCGAUGUAAUUCAACGAAUCCAAUGUGCAUAAACGGGACAACCGAGGCGGUUGAUUGCGAUCAACGUGAGGAUGUCUGCUACUCUCGGAUCAAUAAUAACCUACUCGAGAGGGACUGUCUCUCGAAGCUCAGCUUGACUGAGCAAACCAAAUGUAAGCUCCAGAAUGACACCACGUGCAUGACCUGCUCAGCCACUGGCGGAUGCAACAAAGAAAGCUGGCUCCGAUGCCAUCAGUGCAUGGAGACCAACGAAGCCACGUGCGCCGCUGAACAAACGGACGAUAGCAAAGCGCAGUUCUGCAAAACUUACAAAGCUGCGAACCUAUGCUACGCGCGACUAGAGAGUUCCAAAGUGGUCCGCGGAUGCGAAGCCGAUCUGGGGACGAACAAGGAUGCAUGCGAGAACAACAGACAGUGCAGAUCAUGUACAGAGGACGCGUGCAACAGAGGAGCAUCCAGCACGCUAGAUUCGAAGGAUCGAUGUCUGCAAUGCCGCACCGAUAAGGACACGGCCGGAAGCUGUCUGUUGGGUACUGCCCAAACGCAGCCCUGCGCUAAAGAAUCCGGGGAGGAAUGUUACUCCAAAGUUAUUGAGGGUGGAAUUCUGAGCCGAGGCUGCAAAGGUGACCUCGCCCAGAGUGAGGUCCAAGCGUGCACAGGAACUACCUGCGAGAUUUGUAAGGCGGAAGGGUGCAACAAGGACAUCUUCCCCAAGAAUCGUCUACGCUGCUAUCAGUGCAAAGCCGCCGGAGAAACGGAGAAAAUCUGUACCGAACAACUCACCGGGGAUAAGAGUUCCAACUAUUGCCAGUUAUACAUCGACAAGGACCAAUGCUACGCCCGUGAUGUCAACAAAAUUUUCGAACGAGGUUGUCAAUCGGAUCUGGGAAAUGGUGUCAAUGCCUGCGACGGACUCAACCAGAAGCAGUGUGUACGAUGUUCCACCGGGAACUGCAAUGGUAUCUCCAAAGCUAGGCUAAAUUCUGCGGGGAAGCACGCCGUCAGUUGGCUUCUCGUAGCGCUGUGUUCCGUGUUUGUGAUUUUAGGUGUAUUUAAGUAAAUGAAUAGUUUGGGUUGUGCGAAUACUUUAGUCAAAUUAUUGGAAUGAAUUAUGAAUUAAAGUGGUUUAUUUAGGCUACCAAUCAAA